ACGACCAUUUUGGAGAUGAAAACACAGUAGAGGAAAUUCGAAAUCGAUUCGCUGAGAAAAGCCACUUUCAAAGAGUUACGAGCAGAUUUGGUUGUUUGAACUUUCAUUCUUCUUGCUGAAUAAUCCAGAGAUCAUGGCCAGCCAGAUGGAAAAACAUCUUUUUAAUUUAAAGUUUGCAGCAAAGGAUUUAGAAAGAAAAUCCAAGAAGUGUGAAAAAGAAGAAAAAGCGGAAAAACUAAAGUUAAAAAAGGCUAUCCAAAAAGGGAAUAUAGAGGGAGCAAAAAUACAUGCAGAAAAUGCCAUAAGACAAAAGAAUCAGGCUCUGAAUUUUAUGCGAAUGAGUUCAAGAAUUGAUGCUACUGCAUCACGAGUGCAGAGUGCUGUUACUAUGAAACAGGUGACAGGCUCAAUGGCAGGUGUAGUGAAGUCAAUGGAUUCAGCAAUGAAAUCCAUGAAUUUAGAAAAGGUGUCUGCUCUGAUGGACAAGUUUGAACAACAGUUUGAACAUCUGGAUGUUCAGUCAAGUUAUAUGGAGAAUGCAAUGAGUGACACUACAACACUGACAGUGCCACAGGGACAAGUUGAUAGUCUUAUGCAGCAGGUUGCUGAUGAAGCUGGCUUGGAACUCAACAUGGAACUACCAGCUGGACAACAAAGUCAGCCAAUUGGUACAGCUUCAUCUGCUUCUGCAGAGCAGGAUGAGUUGUCACAGAGGCUGGCUAAACUACGACAAUCUUAGGACAGACAUGUGUGAACAAGUCAUUGAAAAUAAUCAAUGUCUGGUAGUAAAUAAGUGAUUUGUUUUUGUAAUUCUUGAUCAGUGAAAAACACAGCUCUGUACCAUUUUAUGCACUGUAACAUUUGGUCUCUGACCUAAGUUGCAUUAUCUGCCUUUUGUUGUGAACAAAAAUACCAGCAAGCCCACUUGUAUUCCACUGACAAAUUUACAGAUCUUUUAAAAGUGCUUUUGAAAUUUGCUUUUGCUUGCAGUUCUAUAAUUUAAACCUGAUUCCAGAUUUUAUACAUUAAUGAAAGGUUGUCCAAGUUUCUUUCAAAAACAGUAUUUAAUUGACAGGCAUCUACACAGUUGAUGUGAACUGAACUGUGAUAUGUAUUUUGGAAAAUUCUCCAGACCAUUUCUUACCAAAAUUUGUGAAGUUUUAGCCAUCAAAUUAAUGAUUAACUUCUGUUCUAGAAAGCUUAAAGGUUUUCCAACUUCACUUGAGUAAUAUCUGUUUUUUUUUGUGGAGAGACUUGACUUGUGGAGAGACUAAAACUUGUAGAGAGCUGCUU